UGCAAUUCGAAUUGUCAAUUUUGCAAUUUGUGGGAAAUUAUAUAUAUUCUGAUGAAUUUAAAUACCAUGAACAAAGUUAUAAAUUAAUUAAUUUACCUCUUUUAAUUUCUUAUAAAAUCAAUGAAUUGGCAAUAAUAAUACUAUGGCAGGCAGAGGAAGAGGUCGGGGUAGCAAUACCUCGCUUACACAAGAGCAAAUGCAGGCUCUUGGUAUUGCGCGAGGAGAUAAUGCACCACAAAUUUUGGCUCCACCACCUCUAUUUCCAAAAUUAGAAACAAAACCUCUUCCAUUAAACAGUGAUGCCGCAACAGAAUAUAUGCUCAUUGUAAAGGAUCAAUUUAUAGAAUACUUACACGAAUCACCCGCCUAUGUGAAAGCAAACAGAGAAACAGAUGGAAUUGAAAGAUAUUCUGAUAAAUAUAAGUUGUUAGCCAUAGACGCCAGUAAAGGAAGGGUAUUGGAUUGUGUCUGGGCUAAUUUCCCUCCUGAACUCAGACCACAAGCGAGUCGCAUGCGACCAGCAUCUCGAAAACGAAAGUUGGAUGAUCCCAAAGAUAUAGAAAAACGUUUACAAUUACUAGAGAAAAAAGAAACACAGGAGAACACCAACGAGAUGAUGGCUACAGCUGGUGAUGACAACAAAAAACAAGAUGAUAUAGAUGAAGAUUUAGAAGAUGAAGAAGAACAAGAAGAUGAAAUUGAUGAUGGUACAGAUUAUGCAAAUAACUACUUUGAUAAUGGUGAAGACUAUGAAGAUGAAGAUGAUAAUCUUGAUGAUGAUCCAGUCUAUUAAAAAGGAAAAAAGGAAUGACAAAUGUGAUACUUUUUAACAAAAUAUACAUAUGAUAUAUUCUAUGUUUAAAGAUAUGAUAAGAAACUCUUAAAUCAUAAUGUUAUGACUUAAAGGAAAGUCAAGAGUUCCUUACUUUAGCAUAUUGUGCUAAAACAUAUUUGAGUAUGCAUGCUGGUGCAGAAUGUAAGAGGGGUUCUAAGGCUGGCCUGUGUAAACAGCACUGCAAGGCCUGCUUCAAUGCACAAGAGGCCCGGGCUUUCACUUCUGCAGAUGACUUAGGACUUGUGUACAACUAUAAACAUUAAAAAUAUUUACUUUUGUGAGAGACAAAAUAUAAUUAAACACCUUAACCAACUACCAAAA